AUGACGAAGGAGUCAUCCGAAGGUUGCGUUCCAUGCGGAUGGACGUCCGAGCUGCAAGAGCGGUGCUCUUAUUCAAGUCAUGUCAGACUUUUCUACGGUGCGGACCUACGGGUUACCUGGUCGAUUGGGUCCGAUGUGAUCUUGAAAGAGCGGCCUGACGAAGGUCCAAAGACCGAAGUGACCAUACUGGAGUACCUUGCAUCCAAUCCAAAUGCCAAUAUUCCAGCUCCCAAGGUUUUGCAAGACUGGGUUGAUGCCAACGGACGAUACUUUGUACUUCUCAUGCGGAUGCAUGGGCAGACACUUGAGCAGGCCUGGCCUUCACUAUCAGAAUCCCAGAAAACGGCUAUAGCAGAUCAGGUCGUUGAAGUGCGCAAGAAGCUGCAGUCCCUCACAUCAGAAGCUAUACAGAGUGUUGAUUAA